AUGUUUUUACAAAGAGCAUCCGCCAAUGACUUGUCUUCUCGAACUUCAUGUUGGUUUGAACUAAACCUUAAUAAAUUUGAACUAAGGAAUAAUGAUAAUUUGAAACAAUAUCCGAAUGCACCUUAA